GGAUGCUUUUGGUAUGUUCUUGUUUCUGCACUGCUCCAGGAGUUGGGCUAAAUUGAUGUUCAUGUCUGGAUUGGAUCCACCCUCUGCAAAGGACAAUUACUCAGAUGACACAAAAACACUGUGAAGAGGAAAGGGGCCUAGGUGGGAGUUUGGGGAUGAGAGUUCCAGGGAUGAGCGGACAUGAGGUUUUGUGUGGAAAAUGGUACGACGCCCUUCUGAAUUUGCCAGAGUGAAAACCGUGAUGUCGCCUGCGCUUGGACUUGCUCUUUUGGCUCUUCUUCACAGCGUAAUAACUGUGACCGCACUGGUGGACUCCGAUGAUGUCAUCACGCGUGACGAGCAGAUCUUCGUGCUGAUCGGCGCUCACGCCAAGUGUGAAAAGAGCAUCAAGUCGCAAAUGGCCCUCGUGCAAGAAGGCGACUGCCUGCCCGAGUGGGACGGCAUCAUCUGCUGGCCGAGGAGCGGGUCCGGCCAGCUGGUGUCAGUUCUGUGUCCCGAGUACAUCUACGACUUCAACCACGCCGGUCGGGCGUACCGCCACUGUGAUGCGUCCGGUAACUGGGAGCAAGUGUCCGUCAUCAACCGGACGUGGGCGAACUACAGCGAGUGCACCGCUUACUUGUCAGCCAAUUACAGGAGCCAAGAAGAGGUGUUUGAAAGACUGCACCUCAUGUACACCGUUGGAUACUCCAUCUCUCUGGCGUCUCUCCUGGUGGCCGUCUUCAUCCUCUGCUACUUCAAGCGCCUCCACUGCACGCGCAACUACAUCCACGUGCACCUGUUCACUUCCUUCAUAUGCCGAGCGGUCAGUAUCUUCGUGAAGGACGCCGUGCUCUACUCGGUGUCUGCCGAUGGUGCCGAAGGAGAACCCGUGCUUGCGGGACAGAAGCAGCACAUGGCUGGCUGCAAAGUGGCCGUCACGUUUUUCCUCUACUUCCUGGCAACCAAUCAUUACUGGAUCUUGGUGGAGGGCCUUUAUCUACACAGCCUCAUCUUCAUGGCCUUCCUCUCCGACAAGAACUACCUGUGGGCCCUCACCGUCAUGGGUUGGGGUGUUCCCGCGUUGUUUGUGUCCAUUUGGGUCAGCGUGCGGGCGUCACUGGCAAACACACAAUGUUGGGACAUCAGUGCUGGAAACCUGAAGUGGAUUUAUCAAGUUCCCAUUCUGGCAGCCAUUGUUGUGAAUUUCCUGCUCUUUGUCAACAUCAUACGUGUGUUGGCCUCCAAAUUAUGGGAGACCAAAACUGGGAAACUGGAUCCUCGGCAACAAUACCGGAAGCUUCUCAAGUCCACACUGGUGCUCAUGCCCUUGUUUGGGGUCCACUACAUGGUCUUCAUGGCGCUUCCUUACACCGAAGUAUCCGGGCUGCUGUGGCAGGUGCAGAUGCACUACGAGAUGUUCUUCAACUCAUCGCAGGGCUUUUUUGUGGCUUUCAUCUACUGCUUCUGCAAUGGCGAGGUGCAGGCAGAGGUGAAGAAGGCGUGGCUAAGGAGAAGUCUAGCACUGGACCUCAAACAAAAAGCCAGGAUUACCAGCAGCAACGGCGGAGGCAGCUGUUACUACGGCGGCAUGAUGUCCCACGCCACCACGACGCACAGCGUCUGCAUGUCCGCCGCCAAUCACAGGGCGUUUCCCCUCGCCGGAGGGAUGGUCGGCUACGCCGGCGGCGCGUGUGGGGGGUCGGGGCUCAGGCUGCCCCGCCAGGCCGCCCUCCAUCCGCAGAGCAGUCUGCCGAGAUGCACGGCCAGUGAAUGCGAGAGCUCAGCGAUGGCGGCAAGGAGGUCGGGAGGGGCCGGGCCCGGGCCCGGGGGGGUCUUUGCGAGGCAUGCGAAAGGUAGCAAGAAACACGAUGAGGCUAAAAGUUCUCCGGCAGAGACGCCCGGGGAAGGUGAUCCGGACACUUCUUUGUCUGUAAAAGAGCUAGAGACUGUCUUGUAAAUAUCUUUGAAUUAUUUUAAUAUUAUUUGGUCAACUUCUUACUUGUACAUUCUGUACUGGACAAGCACAGUCGACACACCUGCACAAUCUAAUAACAACUCAUACAUUGUUGCCUUGAGAGUGCAAGUGUCCUGACAAUUUCUCGAUACGAGCCGUCGUUAAGACGAUUUUUGACUUGCGAGCAAACAUUUGAGAUACGAGCGCUGUAUGCAACAGUGAAUGCAACUCAAAUCACUUCACAACGGGCAGCAGUUUGGCAGACAGUGAGCAAUUCUUCAAUUUAAAACAACCACAUAGCUUUGCUUUAGUCCGCUUACCUUAAUGCUAACAAUGCAAAAUUCUUUAACCUCUCCAAUCAGCGACUAAUAGUACUGCGCCUGCCUGAACAAUUGUGACCAUCACCUUCACGUAUAGCCAUAUGUCUGUAUUAUAUUGCCCCCUGGUGGCCAAGGGGCGCACACCAGAAGGAGCAUCACAAUGUCCAUUGUAUCGAAGCAAAAAUAAACUGUGUGAAGAAGAAGUUUUAUUCUUCACAUUCUAUUUAAUUAUUUAAUUACUGUAUGUUUCUAUGAAGAGCAACAUUCAUAGUUUUGCUACAAACAAAAAAAAAAUUUGGGGUGGUAUGGAACGGAUUAUUUCCAUUCAUUUCAAUGGGGAAAGAUGAUUUGAGAUACAGGUGUUUUGAGUUACAGGCAUGGUCAUGGUAGGGAUUAAACUCAUGUCUCAAGGCACCACUCUACAAUAUAAAAACAAAUAAAUACAAAAAAAGUGAAAAUGGAACCGCAAAGAAAUGGGGAAAAUAAAGUAAACAGUUUGGAUUGCCAGAGAACUAUUCAUUUGACUUUUAUUAUUCAUACAAUUUGUAGUGACUAAAGGCACUCUUGUAUUGACUUAAUAGAUUGUGCAGAUGUACGUAAUGAUGUGGACACUUUCUCUCGUAUCUGCUGCAUAGCUGCUCAAGUUGUUGAUAUGCAAAGACGGCUUUGGUGAGGUGCACUUAUUUGUGUGUGGAAAAAUACAGCAUUGUCUCGCUCCAAUUUUGAUUUAUUUCUGUUUAAAUUGUAUGCUUUGUCCAGCCACAUUGAGUGUACCAGUGGUUUGCAAACUUUUAACACGAAAAACAUCCAAAA